CUCAGCUUACAUCAGGAGCACAGACAGCAGCAGCAGUUCACGUAAAGUGACCGAGACUAUUGUGGCUGUUAGAAAUAUCCAGGCAGAAACAUGUCGGUGGCGUGUCUGAGUAGAAAUGUUUUGGCUUUUAGGAAUUCUAGUAUGAUGGUGAUGGUGCGUCAUGCUCAGACUGCAGCUGCUCCGGCUCCUGAACCCAGGAUCAAAAAGUUCCAGGUUUACCGCUGGGACCCCGACAAACCCGGAGACAAACCACGAAUGCAGACGUAUGAAAUCGAUCUCAACACCUGUGGGCCGAUGGUUCUGGAUGCCCUCAUUAAGAUCAAGAAUGAAAUAGACCCCACGCUCACAUUCAGACGUUCCUGCCGCGAGGGUAUCUGCGGCUCAUGUGCCAUGAAUAUAAAUGGAGGAAACACGCUGGCGUGCCUCAACAAGAUCGACACCAACACUAGCAAACCCACCAAAAUCUACCCGCUUCCACACAUGUAUGUCGUCAAAGAUCUUGUGCCUGAUAUGAGCAACUUCUACGCGCAGUACAAAUCCAUUGAGCCCUACCUGAAAAAGAAAGAUGAAUCUCAGGAGGGGAAGGAGCAGUAUUUCCAGUCAGUGGAGGACAGACAGAAGCUGGAUGGCCUGUACGAGUGCAUCCUUUGUGCCUGCUGCAGCACCAGCUGUCCCAGCUACUGGUGGAAUGGAGACAAAUAUCUGGGACCUGCUGUCCUCAUGCAGGCAUACCGGUGGAUGAUUGACUCCCGUGAUGAAUUCACAGAGGAGCGCCUGUCUAAACUUCAGGACCCCUUCUCACUGUACCGCUGCCACACUAUCAUGAACUGCACUAAGACUUGUCCCAAGGGACUCAACCCGGGAAAGGCCAUCGCGGAGAUCAAGAAAAUGAUGGCGACUUACAAAGAGAAGAAAGCAGCAGCUUCAUGAGCGUGUCAAUAUGAAACUGGUUCAAGAUCCACUGAGAAUACCUCAAACUAAGGAGGCCAGCUGUAAACCUUGCUUAAACUGUACAUUUUGUGCUCUUGAUGAGUGUCCUAUGUGUUUGAGUCCAAGUGUGUUUAAGUGAACAGGAAGAUGGAAAUUCUGAGAAAAGGACGCUAGAAAUCCCGUACAAGUGUUGCAACAUGUUGGACUACAGUUCUGCUUUUUGCAUGCUGUACUACAUUUGCUUGAAAUUUAAUCAGAUUGUUAAUAUUUAAUCAGAUUGUUAAUAUUUAUAUGCAUAAUCAUUAAACUUGAGUAAAGCUUGA